AUGAAGACGAGCAUAGAGAUUGUCACUGAAUUAGUAAUUCAUGAAACUAAUGAAUCCACGAUUCCUUACUUUGAACCAUCAGGCGUUAAAGGAGAUCAGAGGUUUGACAAAUCGUCCGUUGUAGAUUCAAGGUAG